ACAACCCCCUAGAGUCGUACUCCACAUGGGACGUUAUGGAGCCCCCAGUCGGAUACCAGGAGAUAGCAGGAAUGAGACUGGGGUACCUGCGAGUGGGUGGCAGGCAGCUGUUCGCUCUGGCCCAGGUACUUAGCGGUCCCUUACGAGGAGUUCCGCGGGGGCGAGUGUGCCGGCGCAUGGAGAGACUGCAGAUCCAGAGCCGACGCUGUGACCUGCGGGAGCUCCGGGCUCUCAAAGCGAUAAGAUCGGUACCCAGCCGAGCCGUGCAAUGCUGCCUCAUAUCCCGGGAGGAUCUUCACGUCCUCUGCUCAUCCUGGGGACCCCAGAUCCUGACUGCUGGAGACAACGUUCUGCAUGAAGGACACUCCGAGAAGACCCCCGAAAAGACCUGCAUGUCCCCUAGAAGGAGAGCUUCCUUCCCACAUGACCUGUCCAACCUUUUCCCCGGUGCCCCGCACAGCCCGGUUACAUCAGUGGGUUAUUCUAGUGCCUCUGACUCAAAUCUAGAGCACACUAGCUGUUCGGACGCGGAGUCUGAUAGCAGCGUGGCUUCGGAGAGCAGUGAAAAGUACCGGCCUGCGGCCAUUAACCCACGGAGCCGGCACUUGGUGACGCGGAACCGGGAGGAGAAAUAUGUCUCUUUUACGCUAAGUCAGCCAGAGUGGCCCCCGAGCCAGCAAAGCGGUGAUCUGGGCUCCCCCGAGGAGGACCGGACCUGCGAAGCCACAAGAGAGGAAGAACCUGAGGAUCUGGCAGAAGACCCCCCUCCAGAAGAUGAAGAGAGGACUUUAACUCCACCCGAGACAGAGACCAGGACUCAGCAGUUUGACAGACUGGUCAGGAAGUCCAAGCUCUGGUGUUACGCCAGGGGAUUCAGGACAGAUCUCAGGGAUUUGCACCCAAAGGUUACCCGCAAACCAAAGGGAGGGCGGAGAAAAGUAGGCAGACCUGGCAGGAGGCCAGGGUCACGGGGCAAGAAAAUGCAGGGACGGAGGCGAGCUGGUUCUCAGCCCGGGCGAGUCAACGGCUCCUCACAUGAUCCAGCUCGGCCCCCAUUUAGCUUCUUAACCAAUUUCCCUGCUCCUCCAUCCUUGGUUCUUGGAGAUGAUGGAGACCUUUGUCCGGCCUAUUCUCUGAGGGCCAAGGACCCCAAAAGUGUCUCCAGAGCUCACCCAGUGUGGGGCUGGCAUGCUGGAGGAAGUGCCAUACCUCUACCCCCCAGCCUAAAAUUCAGAUCUUUCCCAUUGGAAAACUGUGAGUAAAGACAAUGGAUCCUCCACCCAACCGUGCUGCCCUACUGAGUAUGACUUGCACCUCACCCAGUCCUCAAGGUGCUUCAUAAAUUGCGCUGCUUGUUCUCACAGUCACAGGUCAGGCACGGUGCAUAUCAAUAGACUACUUCAGGCGUGCCCCAGACACUGAAUUUAUUAUAUUUGUUAAACCUCAUUUUGUGGGCAGAGUCGAAAUAUGUAUUUAUUUUUUUAUGAGAACUUUGAUUUAAUGAGAGGAUGACAUUAAAAGCAUUUGUUGU